AUGGCUCUGCACUCGUUCCGCUUUUUAGCAUUGGCCAUUCUCGCCGCCGCAGUUACCGCCGCCAGCGGUUGCUCGCUGUCGGACAGGAAAGCACUUCUGGGCUUCCGUCAGGGGCUGAAUGAGCCCUACCUUGGCCUCUUCAACUCUUGGAAGGGGUCCAACUGCUGCCUCAACUGGUACGGUGUCAGCUGCGACGCCGCCACCGGCCGCGUCACCGACGUCAACCUCCGUGGCGAGUCCGAGGACCCAAUCUUCGAGAAAUCCGGCCGCUCCGGCUACAUGACCGGGAAACUCUCGCCGGCGAUUUGCGGCAUCGGCACUCUCACCACCCUCGUCGUCGCCGACUGGAAAGACAUCUCCGGCGAGAUCCCCACCUGCAUUGCCGACCUCUCCUCCCUCCGCAUCCUCGACCUUAUCGGAAACAAACUCUCCGGCGAGAUCCCCUCCGACAUCGGCAAACUCAACCGACUAACCGUCCUCAACCUCGCCGACAACGCCCUCACCGGCAAAAUUCCACCCUCAAUCACCCAACUUGCCUCACUCAAACACCUCGACCUCAGCAACAACCGUCUCAACGGCGAGAUUCCCCAUGAUUUUGGGAACCUUGCAAUGCUGAGUCGAGCGUUGCUGAACCGGAACCAGCUAACCGGUUCGAUUCCGGUUUCAAUUUCCAAGAUUUACCGGCUCGCCGACUUGGACCUUUCCAUGAACCGGUUGACCGGUUCGGUUCCGUAUGAGCUUGGAAAAAUGCCGGUUCUUUCCACGCUCAAUUUGGAUAGUAACUCUUUCAAGGGUUUAAUACCCGAGAGUUUGUUGAGUAACGGGGGAAUGGGUAUCUUGAACCUUAGUCGAAACGGGUUUGAAGGGUCCAUACCGGAUGUAUUCGGGUCACACUCGUAUUUCAUGGCUUUGGAUUUGUCGUAUAACAAUUUAAAGGGUCGGGUACCCGGUUCGUUGGCGUCCGCGAAGUAUAUCGGGCAUCUGGAUCUUAGUCAUAACCAUUUGUGCGGAUCCAUUCCUCUAGGUGAACCCUUUGAUCACCUUGAAGCGUCGUCGUUUAGUUACAACGAUUGCUUGUGUGGGAACCCGUUAAAGACUUGCUAG